AGCAACACCAGUGCUUAAGGCCAGAAAACCGUUGAACCCUUGAUCGCUGAAACACCACACACACACACACACACACUCUCUCUCUCUCUCUCUCACAGUUUCAUACACACAUCUCGUUGUCGGCAGAUAACAGCAUCCUUCCUUGACGUUGCAUAGCCAUCACCUCUUCUCGCCCCCCUCUUUGCAGUGCCCUUCUGGUUUUCUGGUGUCGCCUUGCUUUCCUCUUCCCCUAUGAGCUGAGUCGACACAGUCAUCUGGUUCGCAAACAAUUCCUGCCGCGCAUCAGUCUUUUGUUGAUCUCUGCUGACACGUCGCUGCUGCUUUUCGCGAGCAAAAAGACCUCGGGGACUUCUCCCCUGGCGGAUACUGCUGCAAUCAGCACACAAGAGACACCGACGUUUGAGCAGGCUGUGGAACCACGCUUGCUGUCGCAUCGCACCGAUGGCGUCGAGUUCAGACGAAGGCGAGAUCAUGGAGAAUGACGCCGUGGAAUUGAAGGCAUCUUCACUGCCGAAGAAGUUUGAAGGAAACGGUGUUGACCGUCAAGACAGAACCCGAAAUAGAUACUCGGCCUCCAAAUCUCCCGAGCGCGACAAUUCCGCCAGGCACUACAACCCUCCGAGACGGAGCCGCUCGCCCCCGCCACGCGGCUUUAAGCGCCCCCGCGACGAGCGCGAUUACGUCGGCGGAGGACGACAGGACACGCGACGCUUCCGUGUGCACUACGAGGACGGCCCACGAGACGACUACCGCCGCUCCCGCGUUUCUUACGAAGACCUGGACCGCCCCUCCUCGCGUGGCUCGAACCACAGUUACGACGGCCGUGACAGGAACCGAAGCCGAGAUAGAGAUACAUAUCGCGAGAGAGACAGGGAGCGCGAUCGCGAUCGAGAUCGUUACCCGGACAAAAGGCCGCGCAAUCGCACCAGAUCACCGUACCGUCCCCCACACCACGACCGAGGAGGCCGGGAUGAUCACUACGGCAGAGAUGGCGGGCGCGAUCGCCUUACCGACUCGUUCCGUGGCUUGAAGUACGACGACCACCGAGACCGAGACUCGCGGAAUGGGAACACGCCAUCGAACGGGGUCGCUGUAGGAAAGGAUUUUCGCGCUGCCAGAGACGAUGCUAAACCUGUGAAACACUCUGCAGACGACAAGAAAUCUGCUGCGUCUCCUUCUCGAGACCGGACCGCGCCCCAGGUGGUUGAGCCUGAACAUGACUAUGACGAGCCUGAGGAGCCAAUGGUCAUUGACGAGGAGGCCGAGAUUGAGCGUCGGCGCCGGCGCCGUGAUGAGUUGCUUUCAAAGUCCAACUCAGCGACUCCGCUGCUUGUUCAUGCGUUGCACGCGGCUGACAAGCCGGCUGUUGCCUCCCCCUCACGAGAAGUCACACCAGGCACACCGGGCAUGGGCGAAGUAGGCACUCCAGGCACAGAUCUCGGAUCACCCGCUCAAGAAGGGAGCUCACCUGGUGCUCUUGAGAUCGUGAACGAGAACGACCUCAUGAACAUCCACGGAGGCGGAGAAGCCACUGAAGAAGACGGCCCCUCAGCAGCGGAUUACGACCCCACCGUUGACAUGAAGGAAGACGAGAGGCGCGACGAAAUGAGACACGGUCAUGUUGGCGUGCACGGCGAAGCUCUCGAUGCGCAGACCGAGGCGCAGCCCCAAGAACAGCCCCAGGAAGCGCCAUCGAAGAAGCCCACGGGUGACGAUGACGACGACGAUUUUGACAUGUUUGCCGAAGACUUCGACGACGAGAAGUAUGCUGCUCCCAAUCCUGCCAAGGUGGCCGUCGUGGAUGAGACCAAAGCUUCGCCCGCUCUCGCUCCGCCCAACGGCGCCAUCCUCGAGGGCGACGACAAGGAUGGCUACUACAAGAUCCGCAUCGGUGAGAUCUUGAACGGCCGAUACCAGGUCCAGUCCACCCUGGGUAAGGGCAUGUUCUCUGGUGUCGCGCGGGCCGUCGAUAUUACGAACAAGAAGCUGGUCGCCAUCAAAAUCAUGAGAAAUAACGACGCCCUGAGGAAGGGUGGGUUCACCGAGAUAGCCAUUCUGCAGAAGCUCAACGACUCCGACCCGGAGUGCCGCAAGCACAUUGUCAAGUUUGAGCGACACUUUGACCACAAGGGACAUCUGUGUAUGGCGUUUGAACACCUCAGCUUGAACCUGCGAGAAGUACUGAAGAAAUUCGGGAAUAACGUCGGCAUCAACUUGGGUGCGACGAGGGCAUAUGCUCACCAAAUUUUCAUCGGCCUUGCUCACAUGCGGAAAUGCAGUAUCAUCCAUGCCGAUCUCAAACCCGACAACAUUUUAGUCAAUGAAAGCCGAACCGUACUCAAGAUUUGCGAUUUAGGCACCGGUAUCGACAAGUCCGACGCUGCGACGGCACACAACGAGAUCACCCCGUACCUCGUCAGUCGCUUUUACAGAGCACCCGAGGUUAUUCUCGGAAUGCCCUACGACUAUGCCAUCGAUAUGUGGUCCAUCGGCUGCACGUUAUAUGAGCUGUAUACGGGCAAGAUCCUCUUCGCCGGCGACAGUAACAACCAGAUGCUCAAGACCAUCAUGGAGAUCCGCGGAAAGAUCACGCCCAAGCUAUACAAGAGAGGCCAACUGUCAGCGAUGCACUUUGACGAGCUGGGCAACUUUGUCAGCAUGGAGAGGGACAAGGCGCUUGGAAAGACAACCGCCAGGGUCCUGCCCAUGGUCAAACCGACGCGUGACCUGCGCACCCGCCUCUUCGCCGCAUCGGCGGGAAUGAACGACGCUGAGACCAGGGAUCUCAACCAUUUUGUCGACCUGCUCGAGCACUGCCUGACGCUCAACCCGGAAAAGAGAAUCAAGCCUGCCGACGCGCUGAAGCAUCCCUUCUUCACGUCGAGGGUUGCCCCGCCGAAGCGGUAGGGUGUUGGUCAUGACCAUGUCUAGGAAGACGCCCAUCGGGGGUGGUCGUAGCAUCCUUGGGGCGUUUGUUUUGUUGGACGUGACUGCUGGGAUCAUCUCGUACUCUCGCGAUUGGUGCACACGACUGAGUCGAGGGCGUUUGGUGGCGCGGGUUGUACAACGAGACUGCAAGCUGCGUCCUUUACCGCGAUGCGCUGGCGACAGAGUAUACAGAAGAUGCUUAAGGCAACUAGGAAUUACAAAAUAUCCCACAAUAUACCAUUCUACUUACAUCA